CAACUUACUACGUUUCUCAUUCAAUACGUAAAGCGGUUCGUGAACUGUUGGAAAUUCUGACACAUGUUUGUAUAUUGGAUUAAAUGGUGAGACAUUCGGACAUGUCCUAGUAGUGCAGUCGAGAUUCUUGAAAGAAAAAAAGUAAAAUCCGUUUUUUAAUCCCGGUGCAAAAUUGAAGAAACCCAGCAAUGGCGGACAAACAACGAACUGUUGUUGUGGCGAUGGAUGGAAGUGAUCAGGCAAUUAAGAGCUUUAAAUGGUUCUGUAAUUCCAUCAAACAUGACAACGACAAAGUAGUGAUGGUGUACGCGGUGGAGGUCUACGGAGGGAUCUACUCCACUCAGUGGCUCAAUGUUCCGUACUCAGGGGAUGCUUUGAGAAAGAUGAUAGAUAAACAACACGAGGAGAUCAAACAGAAACUACACAAGUUUGCUGAAAUCAUGAAGAAAGAACAUGCCUCAGGGACGGUGCGAAGUGUACAGGCGGAGGACCCCGGGGAGGGCAUCAUCCGGGCGGCGGAGGAGCUGGGCGCUGACCUGAUUGUUAUAGGGUCACGUGGGAUGGGCGUGGUCCGCCGGACUAUCCUAGGUAGUGUCAGUGACUACGUGCUACAGCAUUCACAUAUCCCGGUCGCCGUGUGUCCGAAAGUUUCCUAGAGACUGUCAAAUCAUCAAUGAAAGAGAAUCUCGCGUCACUUUACUCAUUCACAACUAUAUGGAUGUAAUACACAUGUACCUCAGAUUUCUGUAAUUUAUCGAAUGUUAUACUCAUGUGUUACUAUUUGUUUAUUUUUACAUGUACAUGUUUUAUAUGACUUUUGAUUAUAAAAUGCAGAAUUUUC